UCCUAUAUGGCGUUGGGUCUCCUUCUCUCUUGCUCUCUGAUCAUAACCUUACUCAUCAACUGAUUUUGUUGAGAAAGAUAAAGUUGAGACAGAGUCGGGAGGGAAUGUGUUCACAUAAACGCAAAUCAAGUUUAGCGUACAUUAUUUUUGUUUUAUCUAUUUAUUUCUAUAUUUUUAACUCUUUAAUUUUGUCGAAAUGGAAAAAGAUUCCAAAGGAGUAGAAUUAAAUUGGCGGCCCGACGAGCUGAUGAAAUUUAAAAAGUGGAAACUAAGGAAAGUUCAUUUGCAGGCAAGAUUCAACGGAUCGCACUUUGAAACAAAAGAUAUCAACACAAAUUUUUCAAGUGCUGCCUCACCACUCGACACACAAGCUAAUUUAAGUUAUUCAGUUUCGAAAAAACGCAAGAAUCCUUUCACGAAAAAUGAGCAAAAUAAAAAAUCUAAAGAUCAAUAUCUUUCCUUGGAUACUGAUAGUCCAGACAGCACGUUUGAAUUGUUGAAUCGAUCAAGUAGUUAUAAAAAAGAUAAAUCAAAAUUAAAUGAUAUAAUUGAAAGUGCAAUUAGUGGAAAAAAACCUGUUGCAGUGCAACUUAUUGAAGAGCCUAAAGGAAAGAAAUUUAUGCCGAUUGACUGGACUCUAAAAACCAAGAUGCGUGUUAUGUCUCCCAAACCUUUCUCUUGGAAAGGAAAACUAAAAGCAAGUGAGGAAGCCUCAGGAACAACAGGGUACGUUAGAUGUUUAGAUAUUGGAGAGCAGGAAACAACUUUGGAUACCAGUCCUAAUGCCAGAUUUCAUCAAUGUUGUUUAGUCUGGCAGCAUCCUUCUAUUCCUUGGAUGGAUCUUUUCCCAAGAUCUCAGGCUAAAUUAAAUGUGUCUAGCAAUUAUUUUGUUGCCAUGAAUCAAAACAUGAAAGAAGCGCUUUACAAAGACUGGUGCAGCAGCUUUCGUUCUUUAUUUCACUUGUUACGUGUGAGACAGUGUCCAUAUUUUUAUGUCUGUGGAAACAAUUUUACAGUGUUGUUUCGUGCUGCUGGUAUAUGUGGAAUUUCAGAAGUUCAAGCUCUCCUAACACCCACAACAAGAGGUUUACGAGAAGCAUUAAAUAAUGAAGAAAUUCAAUUCACAAUGCCAUUAAAGCCUAAAGUUAAAGCCAAUGCAGAAGAAAAUCAUAUUAGUGCAGAAGAAGAACAUAACAGUCAGUGGAUGAAAGAAGUAGGCAUAGAUGAAUCAGAAAUUCGUAGAAUUAGUAAUUCUCAAAUGAAAGUUCAAACAAAUCGUGAGUGUGAUGGAGAUAAUUCAUUUGAAUCUUUAGUAUUUGUCACUGGAGUGGAGGCACAGGCCCUGUUUAAUUUUCUAAUAAAUUGUAAGACAAUAAUAACAACCUGUGGAUCAUAUUCUGGAGUUCCUCCUACACUUUUAGCACCUGUUGCUUUCCAUAGUGCUACAUUAAAACCUUUAAAAGUUAGAGAAAGUGUUGUGUGUAAUGGAACAGAAAAGUUUCAUUCUCUGGAAAUUACAGGACCAAUUCUACCAGACAUUUUACCAUCAUUAUGUGCUCUAAUGACAGGUGACCAUUUAGAAAAGUUUUCAGUAACUUGUGCUCAAUUAACAAAUACAAAAGCAUUCACAAUCGCUAAACAUGGAACAGAAAUUAAAAUUGACAGUAAUGAUAACAAAAAAGAAAAAAUACCACAAAAUGUAUUUGGACUUGAAAACUUGACAGAUUGUGGAUUCAACAAAAGAGUACUUGAGCAUUUCUGCAGUCCUGAUCCAGAAAGGAUACAAAACUUUGAAAGCUUAACAUACGAUAACAAGUUAUAUACUUGGAGCUGAUAGUAUUAGUUUUUAAUAUUUAGCAUUAUUUAUAUUAGACAAUUGACAAUGAAUUCAAUUUGACUGUGAAAAAGUUGUUAAAUACUAAUUUGUUACUAAGUUUGUAAAACUGUAAUGUUUUGUAAAUAUCCAAUGUCCAUUGCAAUCACAGAGACAUGAACACGGCGAAAAAAACCGUUGACGGGUUGUCAAACAAGUAAGUGAUCUUCGAGUGAAAGCAUGUGUCCUUCAAACUCCAAGUGCUACAAAAGUUAUCGCACAGCGAGCACAUCGUAUGAU